GUCUCCUCUCUCGUUCUGAGGGGAGUUACAGCGCAUAUCACAAGGGCGCGAAACUGCAGCAUCAAUGAGCGCCAUUGGAAGCAUGAUACAGGACGAGAUUUUACAGCCUAGCGCAGAGUGCAAGGAGGAUCCGGGAAACAUGGCUGAAGAUUCUGUCCAAGUCUCCCAGAUCCUUAGCGGGGAUGAUGUUCAGUUUGACUGUUCUUAUUCAUCGACGGUAUCUUCCCCGCUAUCCUCUGUGCCACCUUCCCAGACAAUAGAGGAUCAGAAGAUGGAAGACGAAGAUGCCGAAGUUGAGGCACCGGUAGUGAGCGAACAUGCCGAGGGUGAGAGGUUGGCGGAGCCUUCACCUCUCGUAACCGAUGCCGACCAUUCGCGUUUGGUGAUCAAGAUCAAGGUGCCUUGGAAUCCUGCCCGAGCGACCCCAGAAAUCAGUGGACCCACAGAGCAUACUAUCUCAACCGUUCUCCGCACUGAAGCACUAUCGAUCCCCAGUCUUAGGAACGAUCGCGUCGCCAGCUUGCACCGCUCCCCGUCAGCCUACUCGUCUGUUUUAACUGAGUUCCAGUCGGAAGAUGAGGCGGAGGCCGAGCUCCGACCUGUUUUCGUUUCCCAGUCAGAUGUAUCUCUCACUGCUGUCGAUGAAGAGGGCGCAGAAUACACGCCCCAGCCACAUUCUGGGAGUCCUGAAGGAGAGCGCUCUCGCGUCUCUGGUCCCAUCUUUCCGGACUCGAAUCCAAUUGGUCCUAUAUCGGACCCAGCCUCUACGUCAUCCUUGAAGAAGCAACAAAAAGGAAAGGCAGGGAAGCGCCACCGGCAACAGAUUGUAGGCUCUUUCAAAAGGAAAACACCGAUUUUAUCGCAGGCCUCCCGCGGCCCUUGCAUUACCUGCGGCAAGACGACUGGAGUAAAAAUGUGGAAGCAACAGAAGGGUACCGGAGAAGAUCAGUGUCGACCAUGUUACGAUAGAGCUUACAGACAAGACAGGAUAGCGAGAAAACAGGAGGCGGAUAAAAUCAAUGUGGUGCCCACUUUCGACCCCACAAUGCCUUAUAUUUCCCCUUUGGGCAAGAGGAAGACAAAACCUGCCGGAUUCUAUUCAGAAGUCAUCCAACCCAAAGCUGAGACACAUACUGACGACGAGCCACGCGCCAAGCGACAGAAGACGGAGAUCGAGCCACAUGCUGGCGACGAGCCGCAGGCACAGAGGCAGAAGACGGAUACCAGCAGGAAACACAGUAAGGAGGAGAAGCGAGCCAAGAGUGCUCCACGCCAUCAUGUUUCAACUGGCCUCCGAGUUCAGGAUACUACAUGCAAGGUUGUUCCACUUUGCAACUACCAUCACGCUGCUUGCAGAGCAUGCAUCACCAAAGAUUUCACGAGCGAUGAGUGUCGUUUCAAAGGCUGUCGCUGGUUUGAGUACGCGGAGAUUCAGGAUGUUCACGGAAAGGUGUGGCUCCAAGCCAUCAACGGUCCUUUCUUCCUUCCUGGUAGUCUACCCAACGAGGCUGCCGAGUAUCCUGCCAAUUGGAAUACGGAACUCACCGGAGAGCACCUGUCGCAGUCAAUGGGUGCCAUCGCAAGUUACUUGCUGCCCAUCGCAGAGGAGGAGCUGGAUCACGCGUCGCAGCCGAAUGCAGUUCGUCGGCCCAGAGAAGCUGUACACAGACACAGUUGUGAUACUUGUGGCACGUCCCUCGCUGCUGGCGCAUGGUACUGUAAAGAGUGUGGCAGCGAGCUCUGCUUCCAGUGUUUUCAGGAGCUGGCCAGCCUGGAUCACUCCCACGAUGGCAUUGGAGACGAAGGACGACCUCAGUUGAAAACAUUCGAGAUAACGGACCGAGAGAAACGCUUGAUGCGCUGCAAGGCCUCUCGGGCCUCGACAACUCCUCAUUACGUAUCCGAUUUUAUUCCGAUCACACCGUGGACACCACCUGAACUACAACUGCACAUACAACAGAUGCGCGCCUUGGUAUCCCCUACAGGCGAGCCUACGGGAAGCAUUACUUCCGCCUACACCUGUAAGGCCGACGCGCUUGAAACGCCUAGCAUCAGCAUUGCCAGUAUGAGGGUGCCGAUUUCCACCAUUGUCGACACCGAGGAUUUGAAGCCCGCGGUGGCGAACAGUAUUGAGGGCAAUGACGUGAAUUGGCAAGGCCCCAUCGAUCCAUCUGGUGUCGGGAGUCUCCCUCUCCAUCAGUUCCACCAUCAAGACAUCACCGAAGCUCAAUUCCAUGAAAUAUGGCGUCAUGGCGAACCCGUUGUCAUCGCCGACGUUCUGGACCGUGCCAAAAUUCCCUGGUCUCCAACUUACUUCAUGGACAAGUAUGGGGAAACGAAAUGUCUCGUUGUAGAUUGCAACGAUGAUAGAGGUAUUCCCACCGAGUCGACAGUCAAGGAGUUCUUCCAGCGCAUGGGUACCGGUGCCACCGAGGUUCCUGUUCUAAAGCUGAAAGAUUGGCCGCCUACUGCAGAGUUCUCUGAGACAUUCCCAGAGCUCUUUCACGAUUUCAAUCGCAUGGUCCCUUUCCCCAACUAUGGCAGAAGAGAUGGUGUGCUAAACCUCGCGUCACAUUUCCCUUCCACCGCCAUCAGACCAGAUCUCGGUCCCAAGAUGUACAACGCGCUGGAAUCCAAGGAGACGUCCGGAGGACGUGGCACUACCCGACUGCAUCUCGACAUGGCUGAUGCAGUUAAUGUCAUGACCUGGGCUGCUGAGAAGGAUGGCCAGACCGGUUGUGCCGCGUGGGAUAUCUUCCGAACACAAGAUUCCGAGGUGAUCAGGACAUUCCUGCAGGAAGCAUUCCCAGGAUUCAAGGGCGGCGACCCGAUACACUCCCAGCUGUUCUAUCUAGAUUCGGAUCUGCGCAGGCAGCUUUUCGAAAAGCAUGGUGUCCGGUCAUGGCGAAUCUAUCAGAGGCCUGGGCAGGCCGUCUUCAUUCCAGCCGGGUGCGCUCACCAGGUGUGCAACCUGGCAGAUGCUAUAAAAGUAGCCACAGAUUUCGUCUCACCCGAGAGCGUUCCUCGAUGUGGUCGCCUCCGAGAGGAAUACCGACAUGAGAACACAAAAAGGGUCUGGAAGCAGGAUGUUCUCUCGCUGGAGACGACGUUGUGGCACGCGUGGACGUCUUGCAGGAGACGCAAAGUGGAAAUACAGGAGCAGGCCGGGACGCGCAGCCAAGUGGAGGAGGUUGCCUGAAACUGCCAUCCACGGAUUCCCCUUCUAUAUCACUUACCCUCAUGCCAGUAGAUUUUUUCAUCAUCUCUAUCGUUUCGCCUUAUCCGUGUGUGCCUUUCCUCCCUUUUCGUCUAUUUUGAAGGGGUCCAAGGCUUUAUCGUUCUUGUUUUAUUCCUCGUCGUGUCGUGUCUUGUUUGUGUGUUUUUCGAGGGUUGAUGUUCGAUACAUACCAUGUAGGUCCCAAAGAGUGGCGCGUGACGUCACACGUCGAAGAUGAGAAGCGGCACCGGCGGUCGAUGUAUUUUACCACGUGAUGGCUCGGAUUUCCGAAUUGCAGAGAAUGGAGAGAAAGAAGUCGAGGAGAAUGACAAGGAGAAGUACAAUGGGAACGCCAAACAGAAUGGUGCGGAGAAAGCCGAGGAGGAUGGGACGGAGACCGAAGAGCAACCUGCGAAAGACAGCGUUAGCAAAGCCAAAGGGGCGCAGAUGGAAUCAGAGCCCGAAGGCUUCGAGAAGGGUUCGGGCGUCCUUGAACGCGGACAGUGCGUCCCUUCUCCUCUUCUAGCGCGCAUAUGUUAAUACAGCUCCGGAAGUGUAUACUUUUUCUACCGGCCCAAGGUCGAGAUUGAGGAGGCAGCCUCUCUAGAAGACGUGUCCAAAUUCUCAAUUCUGCUUCUCCCUCGCGAGCCAGACUCUGAUACCUCAGCCGGCACUCCUGAGGAGAAGAAAAACCCCUCGCGCAAGCGGUACCGGUUCAUCACCGUAGGGAAGAAACGC